UCAGCCGGUGGCCACUAGAGGUCUUUCCUUUUCACAUGGUAGCUGCCGUGCAGUUUUUCCGGCUUUUUAUUUAUUCCUACGUGAGCAGACCCACUACACUUCUUGCAUAUAAACAGUGAAAAUUACAAUAUAAAGGACUUAUUAUUUCUCCUUUUGGAGUAAUUCUGCUGCUGGCCAAAGCCUGGCUCAUUUUGCAAAGAAAGGAAGGAUAUUCUCUGCAGGUAAUUCCACUGCUUCAAAAGACUCUCCUUGCCUGGUGGCAAAGACUGCCAGGUCCCAGACCCCGACCCCGAGGCCAAGCGAACAAAGGUUUUGGCUCAAAUACCCAGGAGUUGCAGAUGUGGCUCACUUUUCCCACAUGUGAACUUCAGCCAAGACACCACGACAGGGACUCUGCCCUCUGAAUGCCCUCGGAUGCCUCAAUCCUGUCCCCAUCACACGCCACUGGGUUUUGUGAGGCUAUUUAGGCAGAUAAGUUUCCCUCACUGAAGAAAAGGGAAACAGCAUGAAAGAAAACAAUGGCCCCAAAGGAAGAAUAUGUGAUUGACGUCAAUGGGGAUGUUGCCUUAGGAGCAUCAUGUAUCAUCAAAGAAGCCAAGCCCCAGGUCAUUUAUUUCUCUGCCUGUUUACAUGAAAUGGAAAGAUAUGUUUAAGUUUCCUGUAGUUUUACAGUGCAAAUUGACGCUCCCAGAAAGGAAGCCGUAUGUUCCAGACGUAGCAGGUUUCUUUUGGAAUUCACAUGUUGGCAGUCUGGCGCUAUCCCCUAAAUGGUACUUUCAUUGUCUUUUUGUUCAAGACAGCAAGCUUCUUCCAGGAUCAGAACCGCCUGCCAGCCUCCGUUGAUAAACAGCCCACCAGCUCUCGUGGUAGAUCAGGUUUAAUAAUUAGCCUAACUCCUUGUUUACCUAAGUGGCAAUUACCACUGCAAUGGAAUAAUAUUUUAACUGCAGGGGAAGCAUUACGGAGAGCCCCCCAAGAAAACCUGCUGGCUGGGAAUGGCCAACAGAGCUGCCCAUACUCAGAGGAGAGGACCACUCCAUCCCGGCUGGCAGAUCUCUGUGUCUGAGAUGCUGUCAUUAGAUGCUGCUCCAAAGACCUAAGGAAAUGUGCCCAGAAGUGUAUGGUCCCAAUCCUUUCAACUGAGGCUCAAUGGCCCAGCAAAGUAUGAAAGUGAGGCCUGUGCUUCUGAAGCAUAACAGUCUAGAGUCGGUGGAGCUUGUGAAGCAACCUCACCACCGCAGGAGCAAAUCUCAGCAGGUACGAUUUAAGGAAGAUGGCACCAGUAAGACUCCACCUGCCCGAGCUGAGGUUGACAUCCAAACUUCUGAGGACCCGGCUGUAAUGGGCAAGACUCAGGCCUCCGGGCACCAUCACCUCCCCACCUACUCACUCUCCUUCCCCAGGUCCCAGAAGGCAGGGGGCUUUCGGCACAUCGCCAUCCAAACCUCCCCCAGUCUCAGGAAGCACUUCCCAGUUUUCAAAAGGAAGAGACUCACAGCUAGCAAGUCCCUGGUGGAAAUGCAGACAGCAUCCCAAAGUGCCAUCCAGGUGAACGGCAAUCUCUCUGAACAGGACAUUGUGUCCUCUGACCUUGCCUACUUAAGGCUGUCUCGGCAUCUUGAAGAUGGGCCUCAAAGGGUCAAGGCGUCCCACCCAUUUCUCCCUAGAAUGUCCAAGGUGCAAAGCAAUGGGCCUGUGAGCAUAUGCUUGGAAGCAGGGACAUGGAGGGCCUCAGAGAAAGCAACAGCUGCCAUUCAGGUUCCAGAUGAUAUUUAUCACAGCCCUACCUGGGCAGGUAGAGAGUCCACUUUCAGCCCAGACAGGUCUGCUGAGAUUAGCAACUCCAUACCCACUUUGGUUGACAUGUGUCCAGGUGAUGGGAGAAGAGUGCCACCGUCAGAUUCAGAAAGACCCCUCUCCUGCUUAAAUGCCACCAGCGGUGCCAACCACAUGCCCGGCACAGGGAAACUUAAACCUGAAAUGCUUUUGCCCAAAGAUAACUCUGAUGACAAAGACCUUGGCCCAUUGUCAUCUCAGUCAAAGGAAACGUGUGUUCCCUCACAUCCACAGACUCACAGCUCCCCUUCGCCAGGCUCCCACAGCCAGCCAGCCCAGCCAGGGGGAGCUUCAGACUGUGCUUCAUCGAGUAACAAUCACCAGGAUCUGCAGUCACUCAAAACUAACAGUGAGUCAAAAUCUGCCCCUGUGUGUCAGGAGCAGAUGGCAAAGAACCCCUUCCAGUCACACAACCCAGCGUUUCAAAACUGUCCAGAAAGCGAUCACCUCCCAUCCUCUCUUCCAAGGAGGGAGACCAAACAGCAGGGCACCACGGAGAUGGGUGCACUUAAUCCAAUCCACCUGGCACAGGGUGAGUUCUGCGACCUCCAGGGCAGGCUGCAAUCCGUGGAGGAAUCUCUGCACUCAAACCAAGAGAAAAUUAAAGUCCUUCUGAAUGUAAUUCAAGACUUGGAGAAAGCUCGAGCUCUCACAGAAGGUGUAGAAUAUGACUUCCGGCAGCAGGAAGGCAGGUUCCAUGAAGUUCUACAGAGUCUGGAGGAAGCAGAGCCAGUUGAGGAGGCACCUCCCCCACCAAAGUCCCCGGCAGAGCCCUCAGUCCCUGAGAAACAGGACUUAAGGCGGAAAACCAAGAAGGUGAAGAAGAAAUGCUUCUGGUGGAUCUGAGCUCAUGGGGACCUUUACCUCUGCCCUUCCCGAGGUGGGGAACCACUGCACUCAGGCCUUCUCUACUUCUUAGCGAAGGCCCCAGGCUAUGAGCCACUCGACCUGUGAAACCAGAACAACUUGGGGCUGGAUUAGCUGCCACUGGACGCAUGACCACACCUCACCUGAGUGCGUGCCACUGCUUGCUGAGGACCUCACGGACCCGAGUGCCCACUUGCCUAGCUUCCUGUCACACAUCCUGGUUUGUGAGUCUAGAUUCCCACCAUGGGCAAAUCCCCCAUCGCACUUUCCUACACCUCUGUAACGCUAAGCACUUCCUGCCCGUCCUGGGUUCAUCGUCCCAAAGGAAAGAAACAAAAAUGUUGUGCAGAGCAGUAAGACAGAGGAGGAUUACAAGCAGAUACCCAGAGAAAACCAGAUACCCAAACUGGCAGUUUUCUAAGAUAUUGGCAUACAUGAGCACAACAGAAGUGGGCAGGACACGAGAAUGCAAGAUCACCUUGUGGUUGGGUCCUCUUCAUUUUUAAUUAGCCCCUUGAUCCCAAAGCAAGGAUUUGUCAUUUCAUGCUGUGUGGACCUUAAGAGUCUGUGGCAGAGUAAGCUCACCACAGGGUAUGCGGGACUUGCAGGUAUGACUAUUCUACAGUUGUAGCUACUCCAGGGCCCACCUUAAAUCAUCCUGCUUCUCAGUCUGAGGCCUGAGACUGCCUGGCAAAUGGAUGGCGUCUGGUUUGGGUUUGAACUUUAAGAUUCCACAGUUAAUUUCUCUGCAACAUUUAAGAUCAUGAGAUCCAGCAGCCUAUCUGUCCAUUUCAUCUUACCAGAAACAUAAAUAAGACUAAGACAAAACACAACACUGGUUCUCGCCCAUUCAUCCCUACAGCAGCCUUGUAGACAAGUUCAAAGUAUAUUAAUCUACACAAUCUCCCUUCCUGGUGACCAGGCAAUGGUCACCUGAUUGAAGAAGCAGCAGAACUGGGGAUGAGGAUAUAUUUUUUUCCAUUUUAGUAUUAAAGGCCUUUCUUUCCCAAAGUCUGAAUUCUUUUAAAGUCUGGCUCAUUCUUUUGACAAGACCUCCGUAUACGUGGGUCCAGUCAAACUUGCAUGGCUGAACAAACAGCUAAAGUAAUAUAAUUCAGUAACUGCUACAUACUCUUGGGCACGAGGGGUAGGUUGGCAAGGCUCAUAUUCCUUCUUGUUAGACUCUCUACCAGCCUGUGGUUGGAUUGAGGCUGCUUAGAAAAGGGAUCCUAAACUCAACGAGCAUUCAGUGAGGAAGGCACUUCAUAAUCCCCUUUGCUGAAGACUGGGUGUCUGAGUUAGAGUCUUUGCAGAGUGCAGCAUCCUGUGUAAACGUGGGACGUACGUUCCCCGCUGCAAACUGAGGCUAACUGAGCAAACCACUCUGACACUUUCACCUUCCCCUGUCCCUGAGCUGCAGUGCACAAAGCUAUUUCAGUGACAGCAAGAGGGAAAUCUGGCAAGGAAUCUUGGCUGGCACUAUUAAAUCCUGGAAUGUCAUUCAGGAUGUUCUUGUUCUGUUUCUAGUGUAAUGUUUAAACCCACAAAAUGAGACCGGAAUACAUGACGUGAAGUUAGAAUUAAGAUAAAUACACUUGUCAUACUUAAGCCACGUUUCAAUAAGAUUUGGUACCAUUGGCUAAAAGCCACAGAUUUUUCAGUAUGUAUCCACACGAUCAACUCUCAGUUGACCCCAACAACCGAAAAGAACAGCACAGAGGAUAAUCCAGUAAAGCAAAAUCAUUGGGGAUCUCAUAUAAUUUUAUCUUGUAGGAGCGCUUCCAUCUUAAUUUGCUUUGCUUCCGCUAAUUUUCGAAUUAAUUUAUGUUCCUGGGCGGCACAGUAAAAUGGAAAUAAUCCUAUUCCCAGAAUUAAGACACCCAGGCAACAGAACAGUCUAUUCCAAGGCCUGUUUGUCCAUUCCCGAGUGCAGAUAUGAACACCUACUCUACCUGUUUUAUAAAGUCCGUGCACAUGCCAACAUUAAAUGGGCAGAGCCACCCAGAGGUGAUCAGGAUCAUUUGUCGAAGUCAGCCUGUAAUGAUGAAGAGAUGUCUGGGAUAACUCACACAAAAUGGAUAAUCCAACAUUUGGAUAAUUAAGAAGCGUAUGCUGUCAUACACUUCUGCUGAGGUGGCAGCCUUGGGGUAAACCCUCAACUGAGUUAGAUGAAACAGUGGUCUGAAAAGGUUGACAUUUCUAGAGAUAAAACCAAACAAGGCUAUAAUGAUUCUAUACCAAAGCACAACACAACAUUGCUUGGGCCACCAACCUGAAACUGGGAAGGAAGUCUCUUCUGAAAAUUGAACGUUUAAAAUUGUUAUGGGGGAAGUGGAUUCAGUAAACACAUUCCUGCUAAACAAAAACAAUCAUCUCUGUGUUAAAUUUCAAAAAGUAUACAUAUACCAAGACUCUAUAUUCACCUACUCAUGUGAAAAUUGCUUCUUUGUAAAGUAUUAUGUAACAUCUACCGUGAUAUCCUACAGAAAUGCUGUACUUGAAGUUAUCUGGUUUUACAGAGCGAUAUUAAUUUAGCAAUGGUUACUUUUAUAAAAUUGAAAGGUGAAAGACUGAUACAUCACCUUAAGUUGCAGGAGUUUAUGUAGCUGCUUUCUCUGUAGUUAAAAAAAUGUGUACUCGCUAUACUUGGAACUUAAUACCAGCUCAUCUAUAGAGCACCUUCUUAAAGACUACGUACUAAUGUAAGGUUUUGUAAAUUUCUAAACUGUUUUAAAUGGGAUAUUAUCUUUUGCAAUAAACUUACAUAUUUUUCCUAGGUUUUAAGACUCCAUUACUAGCUUGGGUUGGUUUGGGUUAUAAAAUUUAA